UGCUCCAAAUGAUUUAUUUUUUUCUUUUUUGGUUUUCUUUGUUUUCCCUUCCCUCACAAAUGGGCAGUGUUAAUAGUCUAACACAGCUAGCUAGGUCAGAAGAAUAGUAAAAAUGGGAAUGGAGAGAGGUGAAUUUGUAUACAGAAUAUACAGAGCGUUAACUUAUGGACUAUCGCCGCUUAUUCAUCUUCACCUGCGGUGGCGCAAACUCCGAGGCCUUGAACAUGCUCUUCGCUGGCGCGAGCGUUUGGGCGUCCCUUCUCACUCUCGGCCCCCUGGACCUCUCUUCUGGUUCCACGCUGUUUCACUUGGUGAAGGAAUGUGUGCGAUUCCUGUGAUCAAAUGCUGCAUAGAGAGGAGGCCUGAUGUAACUGUCUUGAUGACGACAACCACCACAUCAGCAUUUGAGGUAAUAAAGCACCAGCUUCCAGAAAAUGUCAUUUAUCAGUUUUCUCCAGUUGACACACCUGGUGCUGUUGAUGCUUUCCUUCGUUAUUGGAAGCCAAGUGCAAUCAUGUUAAUGGAAAGUGAACUCUGGCCAAACCUGAUUAUAGGUGCUGCAAAAAAUAGGAUUGCACUUGCAUUGCUUAAUGCUCGAAUGUCUGUAAAAUCUUAUGACAGUUGGUCUCAGCCGUAUAUUAAUUCUCUGACAUCAUUAAUGCUCUCUAAAUUCUUGCUGGUUCUUCCACUGAGCACUACCCAGGCAAUUCGCUUUCAACUGCUGCAGUGUCCACCCUUCAUCAUAAAUUUUUGCGGUGACCUUAAGUAUGCUGUUGGGAACAUUGACACAAAUGAAGGGGAUCAAAGAGCGCUGGAAGAGUUGCAGGUACAGCUUAUGAACAGAAAGGUCUGGAUGGCGUCUUCUAUUCAUAAAGGUGAAGAAAAAGUUAUGUUGGCAGUGCACAACGCACUAAAGGAAAUACAUCCGGAUAUCAUUACCAUCAUUGUGCCUCGGCAUCCUCAGCAUGGAGAACAAAUUGCUUUGGAAUUGGAGAAAGAUGGAGUAAGGGUAGCAUUACGGUCACGUCAUGAUAAGCUCAUGCCAGGGACAAACAUAUAUGUGGUUGACACAUUAGGUGAAUUACAAAAGUUUUACAGGCUAACACCAAUAGCUGUGAUUGGAGGUUCAUUUCUACCAGGUUCAGCUGGUCAUAAUAUUUCAGAAGCUGCUGCAGCAGGCUGUGCUAUUUUGACUGGUCCUUAUAUAGGUCAUUUCUCUCAUAUGGCAACACAGAUGCAACGCUUGAAUCCUUUGUCAGUAUUACAGGUUUCUGGACACAUUCUUGUCGAAGCUCUCAGCAACCUUCUUAGUGAUGCAAAGCUUUUGGAAGAACGUCAAGAAGCUGCUAAGCAAGCUUAUCAUGCUCUGUCUUGUGGGAUCACUGAAAAUGUUUGGGGUCUUCUAGACUUCCACAUUUUUCGGAUUGCACUUGCAAACCAAGAUUGUCCAUAGUGAGAUUUGCCUCCCAAGAUGCUUUAUGAGUAAAGAGCAGCCUAAGAGGACAAGGAUUUAUCAUUUCCUAAGAGUACAAGGAUUUUUCAGGGGAGGCCUCAAACAAAAGUGAAUCAGGUAAGUUAAAGAUUUACAUAUUGGUUUGCAGAUGCAUGAAUUCUAUUAUUAGCUGUUAUCAAGAACAUACAUCCAACUGCAUAGAGUGGUGCAUCAGUAUGAACAUGGAACUUAUUUGGGUAGUGUUAGGUAACACCUUUUUUUACAUCAUUUGAUUAGGAAUUUUUGGGCGUAAACUCAACAGAGAACAAUUUGGUUUGGUUUCCAAACCAAACAGAAACAAGUUUGGUUUGGAAAUCAAACUAAUAUCUGGCAAGCGACGCAAAGAUUUUACCAAAAAUGAAGUAUUUCUUGUUUAGGGAUCAUCAGUAUUUUCUAAUUAUGUUUUCUGUAUUAUAUUAUCACUCCCCCACUUUAUGGGAUUACACUGGGAUCUGGGUAUAUUGUUGUAUCUUAUAUUAUCACUGGAGGGGAGCUUUGGAGCAGCAAUAAAGUUGUCUCCGUGUUACCUAAGGUCACGCGUUCGAGCUGUAGAAGCAACCACUAAUGUUUGUAUUAGGAUAUGUUGUCUAAAUCACACUCUUGGGGUGCGGCCCUCCCCGUACCCUGCUAAUGCUAGAUGCUUUGUGCACGGGGCUACCACAUAUUAUAUUAUCACUAUUAAAUAUCGAUAAUUUAGUGGAGAAGAAGGAUCUGACUGACUUCCUCAAUAUCAUUGAUUCAGUCCAAUGACAAUGAUGCUUGAUUGGCUAGAGGUGAUGUUAUUGCGGCAAUCCUAACCGUUAAAGCAUUCAAGAGAAGCAACAGAAAUUCUUUCCCGUCCCGUGAGAUUGCUCAAAGCAUGAAAUGAAGAACAUAAUCUGAAUGGAGUGCAUUUGCGUUUCUGUGGAUUGGACAAGAAUUUCGUGUCCAAUGACAAUGAUGUUUGAUUGGCUAGAGGGUGAUGUUCAAUCCUAACCGUUAAGGCAUGCAAGAGGAACAGCA